AUGGCAGAGUUCUUAAGACGCAAAGAAGACAAAGCGGAGAGGACCGUCCGGUUUCGUGUGGCGUCAGCACGCAGUGGUCGUGUCCUCACAGAGGUGUUCCGAGAGGACGCCAGCUCGGGAACAGACUCGGCUGACUCGGAUGCCACCUGUACAUCGGAGCUUGAGCGCGCAAUCUCUCCGGUAACAAGCGAAGCCAACGGGCACCUCACCGGCCUCUGCCUCGUGGAGCCGGACGACAGCGGGAGCGAUCCGGAUGACCUACUGAUGUACGCGAGCGCAACGGAAGAUAAGCAUUUUACUGGAAAACGUGUGAAUAUUUUGAGUAAGAAUGGAACAGUGAGAGGCGUGCGUCACAAAGUGAGCGCGGGACAGGUGCUUUUCAAUAAUCUCUCUAAACUUUAUGUGGGCCCCCUCCGCAACAGCAGGCCCCCCAGACAGAGGCCAAGGAUACAGUGAAUGCUGCAUGGUCAAGAACCAAG